GGCGGCCACUCCGUCCGGGGGGGUGUGAGCCCUUGUCAAGUCGGGGCAGCCAAGCGCGCGGCGGGCGCGGCGCGGGAGGAGCCCCCCGGCGCUUCCCUGCCCACCAUGGCCAAGCCCACAAGCAAAGAUUCAGGCUUGAAGGAGAAGUUCAAGAUUCUGCUGGGCCUGGGAACACCAAGGCCACAUACCAGGUCUGCAGAGGGCAGACAGACAGAGUUUAUCAUCACAGCGGAAAUCCUGAGAGAGCUGAGCGUUGAGUGUGGUCUGAACAAUCGCAUCCGGGUCAUAGGGCAGAUCUGUGAAGUAGCGAAAACUAAGAAAUUCGAGGAGCAUGCCGUGGAAGCACUCUGGAAGGCCGUCGCGGACUUGUUGCAGCCGGACCGGCCGCCGGAAGCCCGACAUGCAGUGCUGGCCCUGCUCAAGGCCAUCGUGCAGGGCCAGGGGGACCGCCUGGGCGUGCUCCGUGCCCUCUUCUUCAAGGUCAUAAAGGAUUACCCCUCGAAUGAAGACCUGCAUGAAAGGCUGGAGGUGUUCAAGGCCCUCACAGACAACGGGAGACACAUAACCUACUUGGAAGAAGAGCUGGCUGAGUUUGUCCUGCAGUGGAUGGACGUCGGCUUAUCCUCGGAAUUCCUGCUGGUGCUUGUGAACCUGGUCAAGUUCAACAGCUGUUACCUUGAUGAAUACAUCACGCCCAUGGUUCACAUGAUCUGUCUGCUGUGCAUCCGGACGGCGUCCCCCAUGGACAUAGAGGUCUCCCUGCAGGUGCUGGACGCCGUGGUCUGCUACAACUGCCUGCCCGCCGAGAGCCUGCCGCUGUUCAUCGUCACCCUGUGCCGCACGGUCAACGUCAAGGAGCUGUGCGAGCCUUGCUGGAAGCUGAUGCGUAACCUCCUGGGAACCCACCUGGGCCACAGCGCCAUUUACAACAUGUGCCGCAUCCUGGAGGACAGAGCCUACAUGGAGGACGCCCCACUGCUGAGAGGAGCCGUGUUCUUUGUCGGCAUGGCGCUCUGGGGGGCCCACCGUCUCUACUCCCUCAAGAACUCCCCAACAUCUGUGCUGCCAUCGUUUUACGAGGCCAUGACCUGUCCCAAUGAAGUGGUGUCGUAUGAAAUCGUCCUCUCCAUCACCAGACUCAUCAAGAAGUACAGGAAGGAGCUGCAGGCUGUGACCUGGGACAUCCUGCUGAGCAUCAUCGAACGUCUGCUCCAGCAGCUCCUGACCCUUGGGAGCCCAGAGCUCAGAGCCAUCGUACACGACCUGCUGACGACGGUGGAGGAGUUGUGUGACCAGAACGAGUUCCACGGCUCACAGGAGAGAUACUUUGAGCUCGUUGAGCGAUGCGCCGACCAGAGACCUGAGUCCUCUCUCUUGAACCUGAUAUCGUACAGGGCACAGUCCAUCCACCCAGCCAAGGACGGCUGGAUCCACAACCUGCAGCAGCUGAUGGAGCGGUUCUUCAGGAACGAGUCCCGCAGCGCCGUGCGCAUCAAGGUGCUGGACGUCUUGUCCUUUGUGCUGCUCAUCAACCGGCAGUUCUAUGAGGAGGAGCUGAUCAACUCGGUAGUCAUCUCUCAGCUCUCCCACAUCCCGGAGGACAGAGACCCCCAGGUCCGCAAGCUGGCCACUCAGUUGCUGGUGGACCUGGCGGAAGGCUGCCACACCCACCACUUCAGCAGCCUGCUGGACAUCGUGGAGAAAGUGAUUGCUCGCUCCCUGUUCCCUCCCCCUGAGCUGGAAGAAAGAGACGUGCCCGCGUACUCCGCGUCCUUGGAGGAUGUGAAGACUGCGGUCCUGGGGCUCCUGGUCAUCCUUCAGACCAAGCUCUACACCUUGCCUGCCAGCCAUGCGGCGCGGGUAUACGAGAUGCUCGUCCACCACAUUCAGCUGCAUUACAAGCACAUGUACACUCUGCCCAUCGCCAGCAGCAUCCGGCUCCAGGCCUUCGACUUCCUGCUGCUGCUCCGGGCGGAUGCGCUGCACCGCCUGGGCCUGCCCAACAAGGAUGGUGCCGUACGGUUCAGCCCCUACUGCCUCUGUGACUACGUGGAGCCAGAGUGUGGCUUGGAGAAGAAGGCCAGUGGCCCCCUCUCGCCUCCCACGGGGCCUCCCAGCCCAGCGCCUACAGGCCCCGCUGUGCGGUUCGGCUACCUGCCCUACUCCUUGCUCUUCCGAGUCCUGUUGCAGUGUCUGAAACAGGAGACGGACUGGAAGGUGCUGAAGCUGGUCCUCAGCAAGCUGCCAGAGUCCCUGCGCUACAAGGUCCUCAUCUUCACCUCCCCCUGCAGCGUCGACCAGCUGUCCUCUGCCCUCUGCUCCAUGCUUUCAGGCCCCAAGACCCUGGAACGGCUCCGAGGCACCCCGGAAGGCUUCUCCAGAACCGACUUACACUUGGCAGUGGUUCCAGUGCUGACGGCACUGAUUUCUUACCACAACUACUUGGACAAAACUAAACAGCGCGAGAUGGUGUACUGCCUGGAGCAAGGCCUCAUCUACCGCUGUGCCAGCCACUGCGUGGUGGCCCUGGCCGUGUGCAGCGUGGAGAUGCCUGACGUCAUCAUCAAGGCGCUGCCCGUGCUGAUUGUGAAGCUUACACACAUCUCGGCCACGGCCAACAUGGCCAUCCCACUGCUCGAGUUCCUGUCGACUCUGGCCCGGCUGCCGCACCUCUACAGGAACUUCGCGGCCGAGCAGUACGCCAGUGUGUUCGCCAUUUCACUGCCCUACACCAACCCAUCCAAAUUCAAUCAGUACAUCGUGUGCCUGGCCCACCAUGUGAUAGCCAUGUGGUUCAUUCGGUGCCGCCUGCCCUUCCGGAAAGAUUUUGUUCCUUAUAUCACUAAGGGCCUUCGCUCCAACGUUCUCCUGUCUUUCAAUGACACCCCCGAGAAGGACAGCUUCAGAGCACGGAGCACCAGUCUCAACGAGAGGCCCAAAAGUUUAAGGAUAGCCAGGCCCCCCAGACAAGGCUCAAGUAACUCUCUACCCGUGAAAAAACACGAGGAGAGCUGUGCGGCCGAGGCCUUCCGGGGCCGCAGCAUCAGUGUGUCUGAACAGGUGGUGCGCAGUAGGAUCCAGUCCUCCCUUACCAGUGCCAGCUUGGGCUCUGCAGACGAGAACUCGAUGGCCCAGGCAGAUGACAACCUGAAAAACCUCCACCUGGAGCUCACCGAGACAUGCCUGGACAUGAUGGCCAGAUACGUGUUCUCCAACUUCACGGCUGUCCCCAAGAGGUCCCCUGUGGGAGAAUUUCUCCUGGCCGGAGGCAGGACCAAAACCUGGCUGGUGGGGAACAAGUUGGUCACCGUGACAACGAGCGUGGGGACUGGCACACGGUCGCUGCUGGGCCUAGACCCGGGCGAGCUGCAGGGCGGCCCAGAGCUGAGUUCAGACCCCAGCAUGCACGUGAGACAGACGAAAGAGGCGCCGGCCAAGCUGGAGUCCCAGGCUGGGGUGCAGGUGUGCCGCGGGGCCCGGGACCGGGUCCGCUCCAUGUCAGGGGGCCAUGGCCUGCGCGUGGGUGCCCUGGACACUCCAGCCUCCCACUUCCCAGGAGGCCCCACUUCUCCGGGGCCCCAGGCCAUGCCGGCCAUGAAGCCUGAGAAAGCCUCAACCAGUGCCCAGACGCCGGUGCCGAAGGAAAAGACGAACUUGGCUGCCUACGUGCCCCUGCUGACCCAGGGCUGGGCUGAGAUCCUGGUCCGGAGGCCCACAGGGAACACCAGCUGGCUGAUGAGCCUGGAGAACCCACUCAGCCCCUUCUCCUCGGACAUCAACAACAUGCCGCUGCAGGAGCUGUCUAACGCCCUCAUGGCCGCUGAGCGCUUCAAGGAGCACCGUGACACGGCCCUGUAUAAGUCACUGUCGGUGCCAGCCGCCAGGACCUCCAAGCCCUGUCUCCUGCCCCGCUCCAACACAGUGGCCUCUUUCUCCUCCCUGAGCCAGUCCAGUUGCCAAGGAAAGCUGCACAGGAGCGUUUCCUGGGCAGACUCCCCGGCGGUUCUGGAGGAGGGACGUGCAGGCGAGGCGAACUUAUCCGCCGAGCUCCCUGAGCUUGAGGACUUCGAGGCGGCCCCAGGCCCAGACAGGCACUGCCAGCGUGUCGAUGCUUAUAGCAGGUCGUCCUCGAUCUCCAGCCAGGAGGAGAAGCCACUGUGCGCAGAGGAGCUGGUGGCCGGGGGCAUCCCCAUCGAGCGGGUGGUGUCCUCCAAGGGUGGCCAGCCAUGUGUGGACCUCUCCUUCCAGCCCUCGCAGCCCCUGAGCAAGUCUAGUUCCUCACCUGAGCUGCAGACCUUGCAGGAUAUCCUUGGGGAUGCUGGGGACAAAGCUGAAGUAGGCCGGCUGAGCCCCGAGGCCAAGGCCCGGUCGCAGUCAGGUACUCUGGACGGGGAGCGUGCCGCCUGGCCGGCCCCAGGCGAGGAGGGCCGGGCCCGCAGCCCUGCCCAGCACGAGAGCCCACUGCCCUGCGGCUCCCCGCGUUCCCCACACGGCCUGCGGCCCCGAGGCUACACCAUCUCUGACCCGGUCCAGUUGCGCAGGGGCAAGACAGUGGCGAGGGAUGCCUCCAAGAGCCGAGCUGCCGCCUCCAAUGCAGAGAAGGUGCCAGGCAUCAAUCCCAGCUUUGUGUUCCUGCAGCUCUACCACUCGCCCUUCUUUGGGGACGAGUCCAACAAGCCGAUUCUGCUACCCAACGAGGUGGGUUCCUUUGAGCGCUCGGUACAGCUCCUUGACCAGAUCCCUUCAUAUGACACACACAAGAUCGCCGUCCUGUACGUGGGCGAGGGCCAGAGCAACAGUGAGCUCGCCAUUCUCUCCAACGAGCACGGCUCCUACAGGUACACGGAAUUCCUCACGGGCCUGGGCAAGCUCAUCGAGCUCAAGGACUGCCAGCCUGACAAGGUGUACCUGGGCGGCCUGGACGUGGGCGGUGAGGACGGCCAGUUCACCUACUGUUGGCAUGACGACAUCAUGCAAGCGGUCUUCCACAUUGCCACUCUGAUGCCCACCAAGGACGGGGACAAGCACCGCUGUGACAAGAAGCGUCACCUGGGCAACGACUUUGUGUCCAUCGUUUACAACGACUCCGGCGAAGACUUCAAGCUGGGCACCAUCAAGGGACAGUUCAACUUUGUGCACGUGAUCAUCACCCCCUUGGACUACGAGUGCAACCUGGUCUCGCUGCAGUGCCGGAAAGACAUGGAGGGCCUGGUGGACACCAGCGUGGCCAAGAUCGUGUCUGACUGCAACCUGCCCUUUGUGGCCCGCCAGAUGGCCCUGCAUGCCAACAUGGCCUCCCAGGUCCACCACAGCCGCUCCAACCCCACCGACAUCUACCCCUCUAAGUGGAUCGCUCGGCUCCGCCACAUCAAGCGCCUACGNNUCCAGAUCCGGGAGGAAGCCCAUUACCUGAACCCCAGCCUGCCCCUGGUGCACGUGCACCCUCCGGCGCACGGCAAGGCCCCAGCCGAGCCCACACCCGCCUAUGAGACCGGCCAGAGGAAGCGCCUCAUCUCCUCAGUGGAUGACUUCACGGAAUUUGUGUGAUACUGGGGCGGACGCCUGGUCCUGUCAGGGCUGAUGAGACACCUUACGGGCCACCCUGGGUGCCUUAUGGCCACUUGAGUCUCCCGCCCCCACAUGGCCCAGAUGCUUAUCGUGUGUGAAUGAAAUAAAGGAGCCAUGCAGCCCGCUGUGCCCACCUGCCCUGUAC